GUGCGCUCGCCGCUUUCGAGAUAUCGAUUGGUCGAUUAUUCCGGCCCCUCGGACUGACGGUCGUUCCGCGAUGGUCGGCGAACGUCUCGCGCUCGCCGAGUCCCACCUAGCCGUGGGCUUUCUGCAGGUCGCGCAACCGUCGUCGCCGCUGCGAGCCGUUCCGCGUUGAGAGUGUCGCCGAGCGUUUCGUCGCGGACCUCGCGAGUGUCCCCGCGAGGAAGCCUCGAGGCCGGGACGCCCCUAGUGCGAGAGGCCAGGCCGCGCGCGCGGUACGCGCCUCUCCGGCGACCCGCGACCCGCGCCGUGCGUGUCAUCCGUGCCGCGGAGUGUCGCAAAGUGUCGCAGCGAAGUGCCGUUCUCGAGAAGUGUGUGCACCCCUCCUCCCUGUGUGAUAAAGCGGGCCGAGAGCCCCAUCGCGUCGGCGAGGGUCGACCUCGCGGCCUUGAGAGGCCUCCUCGGGUCCCUCCAGAUCUGUCAUCCGAUCUCGUCUCGGCGCGCCCUGAAGUCACCCUGGUGACAGGUUCGCGCCGCCGACUAGUCUAGAUUCGCUUCCAGCUAUGAGAAGAACGAGGAUCCCUUCGAUUGGUUCGUCGUUUCCGCCAGGGUGGAUGCCGUGAUCGUUGAAUGUGGAGUGCGAUCUCUCGCCUCUUCGUGAAGAGCAAGUCGGAGGAAGCAGCGGAGGGUCACGAGGUGGAUAUUGGUGGGGCUCCGAAGGCCGAUACAGUUGUCCAUGUUUCCGACACAAUGGAUCGUAACAUGGGCGAAGACCGAUGUAAAGGACCCGGCACUAGUUCUGACCACCAGCUCGCCGGAGGAGAUUCGGAACGCUUUACAGACGCCUAUGACACUCGUCAGGCCAAACAACGUGCCUCCGUCAAAUGGCUGCUGUCGAAGGCGUACAACAAUCGAGUUCCGGACAACCUUCGGGAACCCUAUUAUCGCGAUCACGAGGAUCAAGAGCACCUGAAGCCGCAGAUAGUGCACGCGCUCUCGAACGCGGAGCUCUACUGCUUGGCAUUGGCGAACAUCUAUUCGGACCCUAAUUACCAUAAUCAGAAUCACUGGGGGAUCCUGCAAGCCCUUGCCAGAAAGGGGGUCUUCGUGUCUGAACCGAACAAUACUCAGCUGACCGAGACGAUUCUCAUCCAGAACUCGCCACUCAAAAUGUCUGCACAUAUGGCUGUGAUAGAGGGUCUGAUGGCCCUGUACGCGAAGGAGGUGGUGACGGGCGACCGGGUGGUGGCGGCGAUUCGGCGAUUCAACCCCCAGGCCUCGGUGGAGGUGCCAGCCGACCAGGAGAAGGGCUUGCUCCUGUGGAUCGGGCAGGCCUCGCAGGCGCUGGUCUCCAAGAUCCAGUCCGAAGAGGGUGCCGGGGACAGGUCGCGCCUUCCGGAGAUGCCAGCUGCCAAGGACAUCCAGUCUCUCUGCGAUGGGGUAGGCUUGGCCGCCCUGGUCGCCUUCUACUGCCCCGGCGAGCUCGACUGGACCGACAUCCGGCUGUCCAGGAGGCCCUCCGUCGCCGAUGCCCUACACAACCUCUCCCUGGUCCACGCCUUCUGCACGAGGUGCCUGCCCUACUCGAUAUUCCACAUGCAGCCAGAGGACGUCACCUACAUGAGAGGAUCCAUGAAGCAGAACCUCGUCGUCUUCCUCGCCGACAUGUACAACGUCCUGGAGAUCCACCCCGUAAAGUGCGUCCGGUACCCUGGCGAGGAGAGGGCCAUGCAGUUCUUGGAUGCGUGCCCGCGCAAUAGUCACGGGGUAGCUCAUAAGAGAAGCCUACCGCAGUCUAUAGCCCCGAUUCCUGAUCUGAGAAGCAACCUCUCCGUGUCCGCGCCAGGCUUUACAGUCGUGAAACCCGCAACGAGCACCAUCGUGAAAAAGUCGCAGUCGCUGCAGCAGACGGCGGAGAGUCAUUCCUUCGACGACAGGAGAGGGACCAGCGAUGAGAGCUUUGUGGUCCAUCGAGGAAAGGGCAUUCCCACCUUGAGCUCAGUGGCCGACGAGAGAUCCGCCGCCCGGGCGGAGGCUGCCGGCCGGCCCAGCAACUGGGAGGACCAGAGACGCAGUUCCUACGCGGGGCGGCGGUCCAGGAGGAACAGCGUCACCGACGACUCCCAGCUGACCAUCGAGAAUUUCGGGGGAUCCCAGGACAAUCUGCAUAAUUUCGGGAGGAAUCCUGACAAGGAGGUGGGUGCGCACAUCGGGAAACGCAGCGCGGCCGAGCCGGCCCUUCCAGUGAGGUCGAGUGUCCAGGACGUGUACGGUAGCGGGGUGCAGCUGAUCCUGAGCGACAACGGGUGCAACAACGAGGAGGCCCCCAGGUUGCGAAGGCAAGCCUCGAACUCGAGCCUGAACAACGCGGCCCCGAAGAGCGGGCAACAUUCCGGCGAGAACGACGCCACGGACGGCGAGGUGACCAAGAUGGCGAGCUUCGCGAAUCUGGGAAGAAUGGCCUCGGAGAAGGGCAUCAGUUUCACGUACACGGAGCAGGAGAGAGAAGACCUGGCCAGGACGAACCUGGCCACCAGGAGGCAGGGACAAAGCAACGGGAACGGAUGUGCCGAGAAGAAGACGACCUUCGCCGCCCUGCCCAACACAACGACCUGGCAGCAACAGAGUAACCAGCAGACUCAGCAAAUGGAACAUCACCCUGCCGACGAGAACGGCGGAAACACCGUGAUGGCGUCUCAAUUGAACAACAUCCGACUGAAGCUGGAAGAGAAGCGCCGCCACAUAGAGAACGAAAAGCGGCGAAUGGAGGUCGUGAUGUCGAAGCAGAGGCAAAAGGUCGGCAAAGCGGCGUUCCUGCAGGCGGUCACGAAGGGUAAGGUUAAGUCUCCCUCUUCGUCCACGUCGGGGGGCGACAGUCCGGUGGAUCCCAACCCCAUAAACCCCGGGCCCACCGGUGAUACCCCGACCACCAUAGCCGAGACAUCCCCCGACAAACCCCGACAACCCCCUCAAGACAAACCUCAGCGUCCCUUCUCUCUCAAGGAAAUAAGCGAGGAUGUUCGGGACGUCGAGCACAAGUGGCUGGAACAAGACGGCAGUGCACCCUUCAUCGAGACUCGACGCACCCCGGACAUCGAGAACAUGGACCUCGACCAGUACCACCAGUCAAUAUCGCAAAUGAAUACUAGUCUCAGCGAGAUUCAAGCCGACAUCCAGCGCCUGGCCAGUCAGCAGAAUCAGAUCCAGCAGCAGCACCUGAUGACCCAGCACCAGCAGCAGAUGCAGCAGCAGUUGCAGCAGCUGCAAAGCCUCAGUCAGCAGCACAUGCAGGGGUUUGGCAUGUCGCCGAUGAAUCCCCUGACGCCCAGGAUACAGCAGGACUCCCAGCAGUCGCAGUUCUACCUGCACGACCAGCCUCAGCUGCAGAGAAGGACCUGGGCCCAGCCGGCACCUCCGCAAAGCUUGGCCAACGAAAUGGCAGCCGUUGGGUACCAACAGUCCCAGGAUUCCAGAUUCACUUCCCAGCCCACCGCGGUUUACCAGCAGGACCCGCGUCUUUAUCAAGAGACAAGGAGCUGGGGUGGACCAGCUCCGCAACAAAAGGGUUUCAUCCUGCACGACACGUCCCAGGAGCAGAGGUACCUCAACGGCGGGGACCACAGCCUCUGCAACAAUCAAAUGGUCCAUCCAACCUCCACCUAUCCGUCAUCCUCGACCAUCUUCAGUCAAACGCCUCCCUCGUCUGCUAGUCCUCAGCAUCGUAACGCCGUUCAUCGGAUAAGUCAGCUGAUGAGCGAAAGCCCGGAGCCGAAGAGGCCGACGGUGCACCACAUCCCAGUAACAUGUGAGAGUCCCACUGAGAAACGUCAGAGCACUACUUUGCACACGCCAGUCCCAGCACCUCCCGUCGAUGACAUGGAGCCGCAAAACAUCUCCUUUAUCGGCAACGACGACGAGGUCGCACAGGGGAUCCGGGGCCUGCACAUUACCUCCGGGAGUCGAACCUAUAGAAUACCAUCACCGACGAGGCCCUCGAUAUCGAGGAAUUCGUUUCAACCGCAUCCAUCGUUGCGAGAAGCGACGCCAUCGCCCUCGGCCACGCCGGAAGUCACACCCUUGGACCCCAGUGAUGCUGGAGAGAAAGGGUUUUACAUAUCUUUCGACAACGACGCGCCUAAAAAACCGAAGCCCACUCUACGGGUAAAAAGGGCAUCCCCGAAGAAGGAAAGGAGCGUGUCUUCCUUCAUCGAGCAGGAAGACUUCUCGGUGCGUCCCGAGUCGCCCCCCGCGAACACCGUCGAGCGACAGAGACACCUGGAGGCUCAAAGGGACCUAGAAAGGGAGAGACAGAGACAGGCCGAAGAGCGAGAGCAGCAAAGACAGGAGAUGAGGGACAGAGAGCUGCAGAGGCAGAUCGAAAGGGAGAGACAAAGAGAUCGACAGCGAGACGGCAGUGUCGAAGGGAGACAAGCCAGCGGGGUGGGUCUCGUCAUCGGCAAUCAGCUGGCCAAUCCUGACCCCAACUCCCUGGAUGAGAUGGAGCGCAAGAAGGAAAGGAUAAUGCUCCUGUCGCUGCAACGAAGACAGCAGCAGGAGGAGUUGAAGGAGAGAAAGGAAGCCGAGGCCCAGGCUCGCCGGGAGCAAGAGAAGCUGAAGGAAGAGGAGAGGAUGAGGAAGAAGGAGGAGGACCGGCAAAGGAGAGCGACCAUCCUCGAGCAGCAUAAACUCAAGAAGGCCAUAGAGGAGGCGGAGAGGGAGGGGAAAGUCAUCGACAAGGAGCUCCUCAACGCCAUCAAGCCCACGAAGUUACGGAACAAAACCGCACCUAGUCGUCCACGGCCGAAGACUAUCCACGUGGAUGCCGGGGCCGAGCUCGACUCAGGAGCUCUCACACCUAGUCGGGGGAAGAAAGGCUCUUCCUCCAAUCUCAGUACAGCGUCGCUGACCUCCCCGACGAUGAGGCGAGACUACUACAGAGGGUCGCAGGACAGUCUCACUGCCGCACACCUCGAAGACCGCCGAUCCGGCCCACUCUAUCGGGGCGGCAGCCUCAGGGUAUCUUCCGUAGAUUCUCCCGACGACGGUCGAGGAUCCUCGCCUUGCAGGAGCGUCAAUCAGCUGGGAAGACGAGGCUCGUACAAGACGUCCAGAGAUGCGCAGGAGCCUCAGCAACAGGUUAGAGGCAGGCCUAAAUACCCGACUUACCAAAACUUUAAGGGGAGAAAGUCUAAUUCCUUGAUGAAUUUGUGUGAUACGGACAGCGGCUUGGGGAGGGCGACUCCACCCAGAAGAGCUCCCAGUCCUGGGAUGGGCAGCAUGAGACACCUUCCAUCGCCCUCAGGACCCGGUUCUCUUCCUCCAGGACUCAUGACCAAGAGGAGAGUCUUCGACGAUGGAAGCAGCGACAUCAGCAGCACUCCUAGUUCGAUGAUGGACUACAAUGGCCCGCGACUGUACAAACAGCCCACAACGAAAUCGAACCGAGGCAUCAUGCUGAACGCCGUGGAGUAUUGCGUGUUCCCCGGCACCGUGAACAAGGAGGCCAAGAGGAGAGUCCUGGAGGAGAUCGCCAAGUCGGAGAGCAAACACUUUCUCAUACUUUUCCGGGAUUCGGGGUGCCAGUUUCGCGCCCUCUACUCGUACUGCCCGGACAGGGAGGAGGUCUCCAAGCUUUAUGGGACGGGACCGAAACAAGUCAACGACAGGAUGUUCGACAAAUUUUUCAAAUACAACUCCGGAGGUAAAUGCUUUUCGCAAGUCCACACGAAGCAUCUGACUGUAACCAUCGAUGCCUUUACGAUACACAACAGCCUCUGGCAAGGGAAAAAGGUGAACCUACCAAACAAGAAGGACAUGGCCCUCGUCAUAUAGUUUUACUAUAGUCUUGACUAUAGUUUUACACAAGUGUCUCACCUAAAGUUACGCUGCUACGCCCUCUGUUGUUCAUAGUUACUAUUUUAAUACAGGCCCGCGAUGCAUAUUAAACAGCGAAAGUUGCGUUCUUAGUCAAUUUUAACGAAGACACUCGAGACGAAUCGGUGCUGACUCGCCGUCGAGGUCGGAAUUCCUUCAGGGCAUUCAUAAACGAGGCCCCCGAGAUACGGGGAUCCUCGAGCUCCGUCGAUUUAGUCAGUUCGAUCUUUUAAUUCAGCUUCUGCGAGGAGGGGCGUUCGAUGGAGGAAGCGAUCCGAAAGGGACGCCAUGUCAGCACCGAUUGCUUCGUCGAUUGGUUUCCUUCUUGUUUGGAAGGGGGAAAACGGAACGGAGAAGAGAGAGUACGAAUCGGUACAUCGGUAUAUACUGCUGCACAUGGAUCAUACUCGUUGUGAAUAGCGAGUACCCUCGUGGUGAAUUCUCGACGUGUCUCGUGGUCGUGCAAACCGCUGCGUUGCAAAGCCCUAUAUAUACGCCUGUCGCGAAGCCGACGUUUCCGCGUUUCCUUUUUCGUUUCCUUCCUUCCCCCCAUUUUUCUUUUUUUUUUUUCGUUUUUUCCAUUCUCUUCGAGGCGUUGAAAAAUGUUUAAGACUUCAAGUGAACGCGCAAAAGUCACCCCGCGUCUUCGGCAGGCUUAAGUUAGUCGGUUAGGCUUGGACAUGACUUUGUCAACGGCGAGGCGUCGAUUUAGCACAAAUCUCGGCUAAUUCCCGAAUCGAAGUCGCGUCCUUCCGUAAGCGCUGAAGCUCGUUGGCUUUCUUAUUGAGAUCCGAUGGCUUUCGUCGUCCGCGUUAUGUUUCGAAGGAGCCGUGUCGGUAUCUCGAUCGCCCUGCAUCUUCUCGUAAUUAAUUCGUUCCGCGACACGAUGGAUGUCACAGGGGACGGUAGUUUUGUAAAUAAGUUGACUGCGGCUAGCAAAGAGACGAAGUACCAAAUCAGCCUUAUGGCCACUCAAGGGCAGAAACCCCUUUUUUAUAUCGGCCACCUCCCUCGGCAAUUUAGAUGUACCCAAUCCCUAAUAGGUACCGUGCAAGCCUGACUUAGCGACUCGUUAAAAAAAAAACAUAUAUUUAUCAAAAACAAAAAGAAAUUUAGGAAACGCGCCGAUUGAUUUUACAUGCGAAAACCCGACGCUUAACCGGAUAUUAGAGCGAUAAGGAAAGUCCCGAAAAUUCUACUCGAAAUCUCGCGUUAAUAAUUUCAAUUAAUUCAGCAUGCCGAGCAAUUCCAUUUUAUCGUGGACUAACCCCGGAAGAAACGGACAUUGAAAAUUCCUAAAAAGUGGGCGAAGUCGGAAAAUCAUGCGCGAACCGCGGAAUCGAUUUUCCGCGUUUUUGGGCAUUUUUUAAAAAUGAGGUCGAUCGUCCUCUUCUUCGCAGGGGGUCGUCUUUUCAACGGAAUAAUACGCUCUAUUUCCACACGUUUCAUCGAAUACCUGACUGCAUAGUAUUACGAGUGACUUUCCAAAAGCGCGAGAUUUUGACGAAUGACGACUUAAGGCAUUGUUUUUUGUUUCCUCUAAUUAGCGGCUGGUACGUUGUUAUAAGGAAUUGAAGGUGAUUAGUGUUCAUUUUGGGAAUUGAUCGCCGAAUAGAAGGGAGCCUGUUAUUGUGACUCUCUCUCUCUCUUAAAUGAAAAGAAUAGACAAGGGAAAAGGUUGUAAUUUCCACAAUUUUCUUUUUUUUUUUGGUUCGUUCUAAUUAUGUAUUUAUGCGUUUUGGAACAUUUAGAGAAUUAAACAGGUUUGAUUUAUUGGGCGAGCGGAGACCUGUGUGCGUGUAGGAAAUAUAUCGCUGCAUAACGUGAAAUAAGCUAAACAUAAAUCGUGCCAUAAAUUAAUAGCCGAUCCUGAAAGAGUAAAACACGGCCAAAGGGAAGUACUUCGGGAAGUGUCGAGAGCGAGGUCCGAGGACAUUUUCUUUUAUCCAAGAACAGUCAAAUAGGAAGAGAAGAAAAUAAGAAAAAGACAAUUGUACGAAGCGCGUAGGAAGUUUUUGUAAAUCGGGAUCCCGUCCGUGAAAUCCUUGUGCCGCGGAAUAACAAAUACGUAGGUAGACGAGGGACAUUUAUUUUCCACUGGAAGAAGAGAAGAAAAAAAGGAAUUCAUAUUAUACAAUGUGCCAUGCCCAGUGUAUGAUGAAAAGCUCUCUUCUAGGAUUAUAAUCUUGGUACCUAUCUCAUAACGUACGACGAUUAUGAUUUUCUUGUCAAAAGUGAUUUGGCCAUUUCAAGGGUGUAAAGAUUGUUAAAUCCAGCUCGGGGAUUCUAAGAAAAGGCAAAUCGUUAAUCUCGCUAGCUUCGGCCUCGAGAGAAAAGUCCGUAAAAUGACAAUAUCAAGCGCGAGGAAAGGGCCGUCGAGUGGGUCGAAGUAGAGAGCGAAAAAUGCCGACUCUUUACCGGCGGGGUCGAUAAAGGAAAACAACACUUACUGUUAUAGCGAUUAAUGUUAAGUGUACCGAGAUAUACGGAAUCGAGACUGCGGCGACGAGGAGGCGAUACCGAGAGCCGUAGAGAUAAUAAGAGAGCUAUAAAAGGGGGACUGCUUGUGCUUGAUAUUUAUAUUUUUCGAAAGAGAUUAAAUGUUAAAAGGCGCCGUCGACGCAACUCGGGGAAAAAGAGAAAAAAACGCACGCGGGACAUGAUGGGAAAUGCCGGAGGCUGGAACACCCGUAUUAAAGAAACGUCGAAGAGGACGGUCCUACGUGUUCUUACGCUGCACUUAAAACUACCGCGCUUAUAUUAAUUAUUAAACGAGAUAUUAAAUAUUAACAUGAGCGAUCGCCUCCCUACCCCCUAUAUAUGUAUAACGAUUCCCCCCUCACCCAUCCGGAGACUUCCCAACGUGAUGGCAUCAUCGAACUUUGUCAAAUAAUUUUCUCUCGACUCUUAUAUAUCCGUGUCUGUAAAUAUUAUGUUUUGAUAUACAGCUAUUAACAGAAGUAAUGUUCGCUGACGUAUAUACAUAUAUAUAUAUAUAUAUUUAUUAAGUAUUAAGGAGUAAGAUUUUGGUCACGUUUUACUGUCAGCAUCUCGCAGCGAAUGUCAUCUCAAUAAAACGUUAGUAAUCCUUUA